AUGCGCUGGAGCCUAUUGCAGGUUGCGCGUCGUCAAACUUCCAUGCCGUCCGAUGAUCGCUCAGCAGAUCCAGCUCCAGUACCAUCAAGGACUCUCUCCGAUGAAGCCAUUGUUCAACAGAUUGAGAAACUUCGCCAAAUGGAAAUGGACCAACCUCCUCGUGGCGUUGACACGCAGCCCAACAACAAUACCUACUCAACGAGACCGUUUCUCAAUGGCAAUCUGUCAUCAAUCCUAGUAAACUCGAUAACACGCGGUCUUUAUCGAGCCCAACGGACUUUGCAUUUGACACGGCUCCGACUGUCUUUGAUGAGUCUGUCGCUUCCAGCAAAAACACAAAACCGACGACAUCGCUCGGUGUACAAGCCAUUGCUUCCGAAAGACCCUAAACGAGAAGUGGACCCGGACCCGCCGAAGGUAGGAUCUGAAGUUGUCGGACUGACAUCGUUUCAAACAGAAGACCUGAACCUUGCUACAGAUGGCGCCAAAAGCAUGAUCAUGGAUGAAGUAAUGGUAUCUGCGGUUAAGGGGAGGCCAUGA